CAACUCACAUUUGUUGUUGUUGUUAUAAUGUUUUGACGUCAAAAAUAGUGUAGUUGCAAAUAAUAUAAUUUUGAAGACGGGCACUUAGAUGCGUACUAUAAUAAAAUUUAGUAAAAAUUACAUUGCCUAUAAUUAAAGAACGUUAAUGGUGCUAAUUAUAUAUAACAGAAGGUAGGAAGUUAUGUUAUGGCUUCAUGCUGCUCGGAUGAUAGCACAAAGGCCCCCGAAAAUUUUCAUAUAUCUGACGAUGAAGUAGGAGUGCUAAUUACUGAAAGGAAGACCAUUGGUAUAACUGGAAAGGAUGUGGAUAUAAUCGGAACUCUUAAAUGUCCACUAUGUAGAACACGACAGAAGCGUUUUAAUUGCAAAAAUUGCAUAAAAAAUGGAACGAUAACACACAGUACGAAUAAAAAUGGUGAAAGUCUUAACGAAAAACAACAAAAAUACUUAAGUAUUCAAGCUGGCUUGAAAGCAUUCAGCUCUCGCUAUGACCGUUUCAUAAAAGAACACAAAUCAAAAGAGAAUGUACAAUUACAAAUAAAACGAAAAAAGGAAGAAUUGACCUUUCUCAGGCAGGUCAUUACCAAAAAAAGGUAUAAACUAACGGAACUGAGGGAAAAGCAAGAAGAUUUGUGCAAAGUAAAUUUUGAUAAAAACAAAAAUCUACCUAGAUAUGCAAUUAAAGUGAAGGAACUAGACAAUUAUGUAUUAGAUCGUUUUGAAAAAAUAAGUAAACUGCGCGAGCGACGUUCGAAACUAUUUGAAAAAUUGCAGGAGGCGACUAGACGAGGGAUAACUCAGUUAGUUAGUUACAUAUUUCCUAUACAAGAAAUUGUGCUAAGAGAUGAGUUAAAACAAAGAGUCCAAGCUGCGAUUGCUAACAAUGUACAAAAUGAAGAAUCGGAAACAAUAGCUGCAUUAGCGGAUGCUAAAAAUACAUCUUAUAUACGUGGCAAAUGGGUUUUUCAUGGAAGUGGAAUAAGUGAAAUGCAAUACCGCAUUGUAGCACCUUCCUUACCGGCAAACGGCGACUACACAGCUUAUCUGGAUUGGUUAACAGAUAAUAAGGAUGAUGUACCCAAGAGUAGUGCAAAUGAAAUAAGCCCAAGCCGUGUGGGCGCUUACCGUAUAAUGGGUGCUCUAACAUAUACCACUCAACUUACACAAUUAAUGAGUUAUUAUUUAAACAUUCGUCUGCCAUAUAAAUUGGCUUAUGGGGAUUUUUGCAAAAAACUCAAUGAAGAGCAAUUUUUACGAAGAGUUACUAAAUUAAAUUCAAACAUAAUGUAUCUCGCAUACACACAGCAGGUUAUGCUGCGUGCACUAAAUGAGAAUCAUACAUUGGAAAAUAUUUUGGCUAUACUCGAUGCCGAAAAAAGUAACUUAGGCAGUUAUGGUUAUCAUGAAAUAUCUAAUGCCCCGCUGAUGGAAUCAGUAGACUCAUUAUUAUUAGGCAUCGAAACGGAAUCUGAAUCAGAAGAUGAGAACUCUCUGCGUUUGGAUUGGGAAGCUUUACCAAGUUUACCACCGCAACCAGAAAAUUCGAAUUUAAUGCCUACCGGCCAACAAUCAACGAUCACUGAAGGGCUUAUGACCUCUGCAGCGAAUCGUAUUUCAUCAAUAUUUCGUUGGAGAAAGUAAAAGAAGAGUACUAUAUAUUUUGUCACUUAUUUUAGGUAUUACUUAAGUAUAUUUAUGCGUUUAGUAAAUGACAAAAAAUUUAUGUUGUUACUAUUUUACAAAGAUGAAAUUAGUUAUCCUAGCUCAUAUAGGAUUUUGUCAUACAAUGAAGAGCAAAAUAUUCCAUGCGUGGUGAUAUACCUAUAAAAAUAAUCUAUUGUAUGGCAAUCUGCUUAAAAUUUUUAAGUUUAUAUAUGCACAUUACCAUAUGCAAUA